UGAUGCCUCUUUGCCAUACACCUAUUAUAAAUGAUUGAGAGAUUUACUUGAACUCGGCUCUUUGACCGUGCUAACGAGCCUGCCGUUAUACUCUGUACCGAGCCGUACAAGCCCGCGACAACCGGCAUCAUGAUGUUCGGGGCUACGAAGCUGCAGGUAGCUACGUAUCUGCUGGGCGUCUGUCCAUUCUCCAUUGCGUUCCUGGUCUUCAUGAACUCGGAAGUCUCAUUCGUCAUCACUGACCUAAUCGGAAAAGAUCGUGGAGUUGGCGAUGCAGUCGGCACCCUGGGUUUUGCAGACGAAUUGGUUGCCCUCGUUGCCUGCCCGUUAUGGGGUGUCCUAUCCGAUCGCAUGGGUUUGCGAUUUGUAUGUGUCGUCGGAUAUUUGAUCAUUUGCCUAGCUUUAGCGCUCUUCGUCCAGGCACGUAACGUCUACCCUCAGCUUCUUCUAGCUCGGCUGCUUUUUAGCCUAGGGGGUGCCGCGGCGUCGACAAUGGUCACUGCUAUUUUGCCUGCUGUUGCUGGCUCUCCGAACAAACCGACGGGCCAACUGAGACAUUCCAGGGUGAUACAGAUCUUCGGCAACACUACUCAUAUCUCAAGUCCGUCGAUUGCUUCCGAAUCGACCAUCACUCCGGAGCGCUUCCUCUCUCGCGCAUCUCAGCGUCAGAACGGCCGUAACAAGUCCGAAGGAGACUCUCAACUGGCAUCCUCUACUAGCAAGAUUGCAGGAUUUGUUGGUAUGGGUGCAGGCACUGGUGCUCUGAUCGCAUUAGGCCUUUUCCUUCCUCUCCCAGCCAAGUUUCAAUACGCUGGAGUAGGACAAAAGGCUGCACUGAAAUACAGCUUCUAUGUUGUUGCGGCUGUGGCGUUUGUGUUGGCCUUAUGUUGCUUGUUUGGACUUGGCAAUCUACAGACUCAAGUCGAAGCCAGUCAAGUCAAAGACAGUGAUGAUCAACAACGAAAGUCCAGACUACCCAGCAUCAGCGACAUCCGCCAGAUGAUGGAAAACUUCAAAGUGGCAAUCAUUGUUGGCUUUGAACGCUCAGAGAUUGCCAUUGGCUACCUUGGAGGUUUUGUGGCUCGCGCUUCCUCGGUCGCCAUCUCACUCUUCAUCCCCCUUUUGGUCAAUGCUACCUUUCACAACUCGGGAUUAUGCAAUGUUGAUGGCAAUGAACAUGAUCCCAAUGGUCUUCCCGAUAUCAAGAAAAGAUGUCCCCGUGCCUAUGUUGUCGCCGCUGAGCUAACGGGUGUCUCACAAAUGAUAGCUCUGAUAUGCGCCCCUCUCUUCGGUUACUGGUGCGCCAGAGUAUCUCGAAAGCAGAUCCCGCUUCUGUUCGCUUCAAUAUCUGGUAUCGUGGGCUACCCCCUUUUUGCCAAUGUCUUUCAUCCGCGAAACUCAACAGCUGCUGCCCUCUUCGUUGACUUUUUCGCGGUCAGCCUCAUCGGAGUCAGUCAGAUUGGAGCAAUAGUUUGCAGCUUGGGAACCUUGAGCACAGGUGUACUCCUGGAAAACCCAAGAACGACAAAACGAACUUCCAUCGUCGAUGCAAACGGGGACAACACGGAAGCCAACGAAGGACAGCCGCUUCUACCCAGCGGUCGACAAAACAACAAAAGCUCGUCUUUGUCGACUCUUAAGGGCUCAGUUGCUGGCGUCUACUCCCUAUACGGCGGCCUUGCAAUCUUGAUUUUAACCAAAGUGGGAGGCCUGCUGUUUGAUAAAGUAUCAUUAACAGCUCCAUUCUAUAUUAUGGCUGCAUUCAAUGCAGUUCUCAUGGUUGCUUGUUUGGUUCAGAGUCUGCUCGGCGUCAACUCCAACCAUGUGUAGUUAUCCAGGGCUUCUCUUAUCGAACAGAUUCAACACCGUCAUUUUCCUGUACGUUGGGUGUGAUCAUCUAUGAUCGGAAUAAUCGGAAUCACCGCCGUUCGGACUGCCUGAGAAACCUGACUGUUCUGACUUACCGUUCUCCGGUGUCAGCUAUGCAAGGCUUACCUCGCUCAUCUCAGCUCUCAGUGGUUGUUCUAGGUCAAUACUGCCGUCACAUCCGUCACACUUCAUCUCAAAAGCAAUUGCUGUCGCGAAAACAAGUCUAGAUCCAGCCUAGCUGUUAGGACCGUGGCAGCUGCAUGUACAUGGCAUGACCCUCCUAUACCAGCCAUGAUGAUAUAGGGCUGCGACGAAUUUGACGACUCUACACUCCGCGUCGUGGAUCUAUCAUACAACAUCUGAUCUCGGCCGUUGACGCGGGUCAGAUUUUGGCUGCACAACAGAAGUCUUACUUCACCAAGUGUCAUCGCAGGCCCUGACCUGGGCAUGUCCUUCGUACUAUAUGUCUAAGUAGCGUCCACCAACUUGGACUCAUCCACAUGAAACAUAUUCAUCAACACAUCUCUUCCACGCUCCACACUGAACCCGUCAAUACGAGACUGGAUGUCCUUUCGGGAUUUGCGAACCUCACCAGCGAUGGCCGACCAUGGCAUAGUUGUCGUCUUGUGUCUCUCAUCUCCGAGAGUACCACUCACUUCUAUAUCCACAAUUUUGCCAUGUCUUUUUCUGAAUACACCAUUCACGAUCACGGCAUCUAUAUCGGCGGCCUCACUGAAUCGCACAAUCGCAGUUACCGGAUCAUGCUCUGCCGCCGCGAGCAUACCUACGCUGUUGGCGGCGUCGAAGACGACCAUGUCCGCCUUCUUCCCCGGCGAUAUACUGCCCACCACGCUUUCGAGCCCUAGACACCUCGCCCCGCGGAUGGUCAUGAGGUUGUACGCUUCCUCGGACGACCCAAGGACGUUUGCCCGUGGGAAGUUGAGCUGGCCGCCGUCACGUGGGGUGAUGCGGUUGUUGUUCUCGAGCCGUGCGAGCUGAAGCAGUGAGCGGGCCUGUAGGACGAUGCUGGAAGGGUUGUUGCUGUGGCAGUCCACUCCCAAAGAAGUGUUGGUCGGCUGUUGUUGUGUUUGUGCUCGGUUCUGGUUUCGAUCUCUAAGUAUCCCGUGCAGUCCGACGGGCCAACCCAUGCCCAUUUGCGCCUCAGUGUCAGGUGUGCUGGAGAUGGGAGUCCCCGUUGAAGCGACUAGCGAGAGGUCUUUUUCCUCCACGCCAUUGCAGUGCGACAAUAACAAAAAUGGUUGUUUCGCAUCACCGGUUUCUGUGUACAUCUCGGAUGGUGGAAAAGGUGGUCGAAGAAGGUCAUAGGAAGAAAAGAGCUGAAUCAUGGAUUGAAAACCUUUGGGUACCGUGUCAGUUUUCAUCACGUAUCCGAUAUUUUUUGUGUGCUUUGCUUUUUUCUUCCUACCUUGAAGUGCAUUUCGACCGACAUGUGUCGUGACGAUUCUGAGACCCUUGGACCCCAAGUCAUUCAACAGUCCCAGUACCAUAUCCUUGGGUAGGAACCAGAGGUCGAAUCCUAACCCGAUUUCCACCGUCGCAUUCUCAUUUCGCUUCCCAUUAUGUUGUUCUAUCAAGUCUCCGAGUUGAGACAUUGCCCAAUCCGGGAGAAGGUCAUCGGUCGGCACACACUCGGUUUGAUUCCACAGGGUCAUCCUCAUGGGAACCGAAUAAGCAAAGAUGGAACGGAUGCCUGAGUCGGUGGUAGCCGAGAUUGCUGCGUUUGCUAGAAAAAAAAACAGUAAGAGUCUCGUCAGUGAUGGUGAGACCAAACCACACACGAAAAGGGAG